AUGAACCAUCACUGGGGAGCAAGGGGGAGGGCCAGGUCGGAGGGAAGCUCACCCGCACCGGAGCAGGGACUACAUUUCCCGAGGGGCCUUGGAGAUGGCGGUGGGGGGCACGGAGACGUCCCCUGGAAGUGGAGCCGGGAACUUCCACUCCUGCAUGAGGCGAGUGGAGCCGGAGACUCGGCCGGCCAGAGGCUGAAGACUGCAUCUGAUAAGGUGGCAGGGCCGCCUCGCAGGAUCAUCAAGGAAACUCAGCGUUUGCUGGCAGAACCAGUUCCUGGCAUUAAAGCGGAAUCAGAUGAGAGCAACGCCCGUUAUUUUCAUGUGAUCAUUGUUGGCCCCGAGGAUUCCCCCUUUGAGGGAGGGACUUUUAAGCUUGAACUAUUUCUUCCAGAAGAAUACCCAGUGGCAGCACCUAGAGUACAUUUCAUGACCAAAAUUUAUCACCCUAAUGUAGACAAGUUGGGAAGAAUAUGUUUAGAUAUUUUGAAAGAUAAGUGGUCCCCAGCACUGCAGAUCCGCACAGUUCUGCUCUCCAUCCAGGCUUUGUUAAGUGCUCCUAAUCCAGACGACCCAUUAGCAAACGAUGUAGCGGAGCAGUGGAAAACCAAGGAAGCCCAAGCCAUAGAAACAGCUAGAGCAUGGACUAGGCUGUAUGCCAUGAAUAAUCAAGUUUGUGUCACUUCUCCUGUUCUGCCAAGACGUCUUCAUUUUUUGUUUGCAUUUAAUGGACACGGUCUUAGAAACAUUACAGAAUAAAAGUUGAGACAUUUCCAGUCCUUUGGUGAUUAAAUGCACAUUAGAAAAUCUAUGUCUUGUCCUGAUUCACUGUUGUAAAACAUGAGCAGAGGCUAAAAGUAUCGAGAUUGUCGUGAAACGUUUAAAAGCAGUGGCCCUCUGCUUCUAUUCAUUUUCCCCCUCAUGGUUUAAGUAUAAAGCACUGCGAAUGAAGGUAGUUGUCAGGGUUAGCUGCAGAGGUAUGGGUAUUUUUUAUUUUAUUUUUUGAGGGGAAAAGCAGUUUCAAAAUUUUAUGGACUCCUUUUCUCCCCUUUUAUGGUGAUCUAAUUGCAUUGGUUAAAAAGCAGCUAACCAAUUCUCUAGAAUAUGCUCUUUAGCCAAGUCUAAUUUUAUUUAGAUGAUAUAGAUGGACAAGCUGAUUGUUUGAACCAAAAUGGGAACAUUAACAAACAUCGCAGGCCUCACUAAUAACAUUGUGACUUUGCUGUUAAGUGUAGAUUCCCCCCUUCAAAAAAAGCUUGUGACCAUUUUGUAUGGCUUGUCUGGAAACUUCUGUAAAUCUUAUGUUUUAGUAAAAUAUUUUUUGUUAUUCUA